UUUGACCUAGGUUGCAUCCCAAUCCACCUUUCUGAAUUCUUUUGGUGGGAUCCAGCAUCCACUAAAAGGAGACUCCCAUAGUCAAGCACUGAGAAAACUGGUGGCAGCUUAACUCCUUGCCUGCUAGAGAAAAAUAAAACAUGGAGACGGGGAGAGAGAAUGAGGAAAUUUGCUGCAUGAGUAACGGAGAAUAAAAUAUUCAUUCAGAUUUUGGGUUUAUAAUAAACUUUUACUGUUUCACUUACUUAUGGUGUGCUACCCUAACAACAGGUUCAUAAAAUAUUCAUUUUCUUGGAAGGUUUUUGGUCUGCCUCUUAUUCCUUCCAUUGUCUCUUCACCAGGAACAGACAUUUGCCUCUCUCUCUCUCUCUCUCUCUCUCUCUAUGCUUAUUCAUGUCAUGUACUGAGAAACACCAGUUUCAAAGCCAGCACUUUCAACUUUUUCUUAUUCUCUCCUUGGUAUCAUUGUUCAACUCUUUUUUCUCCUUUUUGGGUCAAUCUUAAAAAGUUCCAUCUUUUCCAGACUCGAACUUUUGAGGUUGCCUGUAUGUUAUGCUUUGACUCGAGAUUUUCAUUUUUCUUGUGUUUCUGACAAUGCAAGUUUGCUGUGAUCUUCAAGUCGAUGUCAAUGGUGAAGAGGUUUUCAUGGUGGACAAGAAAACGUUGGCGUCUUUCUCCGGUAGAUUUAGCAAAUUAUUUGGUAAACUGAAGGGUACAUCGAGGAGCCUAAAAGUGAUAUUCCAUGACUUUCCUGGAGGUGCAGAGGGUUUUGAGCUCAUGACAAGGUUUUGUUACAAUAAUGGCACAACUGAGAUAACCCCUUCCAACAUAGUCUUACUAUACUGCAUCGCGCAUUUCAUGGAGAUGGAUGGUGAUGGCUCUGGAAGACUCAACAUACUAUCCCAAACAGAGAAAUCUCUUGAAGGGAUCAGCUUUUGGACAUGGCCUAACCUUGUAGUAGCUCUAAAGCAAUGCCAAGAUUUACUUCCUGCCUCAAAUUGUUCAUCAAUAUUGGAGAAAGUCCUGGACUGCCUCAUAGCCAAGCUUUUUUGCCCAUUUGUUAGAAGCACAUAUGCGUCUUCAUCAGAACAUUUGAGUUUCCAGUUUUCAAGUGCAAGGAGCAGUCAUAGUAUGAAAACCAAUUGCUCUCAAACAACAUGGUGGGUCGAAGACCUUAUGUUCUUGAGUAUCAAUUUAAUUGAGAAGGUGAUAAGAAGGAUGAUGUUCCAGGAGCUUUAUCAUUCUACAAUUUUCAAGUUUCUAUUCCAUUAUCAUCAAUCAAAGUCUAUGGGUGCCACCACACCAGGUGAGAAGCGCAAAAUUACAGAGGUUGUUAUUAGUCUGCUUUAUUUGCUUGAUAGAAGCUCCCUUUCUUGCAAACGCUUAUUCAAGAUAUACCAACUGGCUUUGAGCCUGAAAAUAAGCAAACUAUACAAAAACAAGUUAGAGAAUAUGAUAGGCUCACAGCUAGAUCAAGCAACGAUUGAUUAUGUACUUGUUCCAUCUCCACGCGGGAAGAAGUACGUAUAUGAUGUGAGUUUGGUUUUAAGAUUUGUGAAAUCAUUUCUCUUUGAAAAGGGAUGCCAUUUAUCUCAGGGCCGCUUAAAAAAGGUCUCCAAGUUGAUGGAUUCAUACCUUGCAGAAGUGGCACCAGAUACCUAUUUGAAUCCUUCAAAGUUUGCAGCAUUGGCGAUGUCACUGCCAGAUUCUGCACGAGAAUCUCAUGACAGACUUUACCAAGCAAUUGGUGUAUAUUUUAAGCGUCACGCUGAUUUAUUCGAAGAAGAGAAGAUGAGCAUCUGUUGUGCACUGAACUAUGAUAAACUAUCAGCACAUUCUUUGAAACAUCUCACUCAAAAUAUAAAGUUUCCUCCAAGAAGAGCAGUUGAAGCUUUUACUACAGAGCAAUCCAAACUGAGAAGUUUACUCCACAAAGCCUACAAUCUCAAGACUUUAGACUCUCUGCUUAUUCACACACAGAAUGAAAUUAAGCAUGAGAAACAGGACACUGAGCAUAUCAUCCCUAUCUAUACUAAGAAGCUUGAUCUCCCAACAGAGGCAGAGAAGCUAAGAGCAGAUUUGCAAACCAUGCAUUGGAAGACAUUGGAAUUGGGAAACACUUGUGGGACAAUGGAGAUGCAGAUGGCAGCUAUAACGAAAUCAAGAUUGUCCUUUAGGGGUAGUAUUCAAUACUUGCCUAAACUCUUUCCAUAAUUCAAAGUUGGAAACUUGCCAUGUAUAGAUUUACUAUCUGGCAGAAAGUUUUUUUUUUUUUAAUUCAAAGAAAAUUAAUGUAAAUUCUUCUUCUUCUCUCAG